AUGAAUGAACACUCGGUCAAAAAUAUGGCAAUAAUCCCUGACUGCGCCGCCAUUAAUCGACUCGAUCUCCGCCUCGCAGCAACGCACGUUCGCAGCCCAGAAUAUUCACCAGAAGCCUCAUCCGCUGUCGGCGGCGUUCUGAGCACGCCCGGUCGCAGCACGUCGCAAAAACCCGUGGCGGCGUCCUUCACGGACCCAGUGCCCGGCUCGCGAUCGCUUGCAGUCCGUGAAGCAUGGAGGCCGCGCGCUGGAGCGCUGCGACGCAACUUUGCCUCCGCGAUUGCCUGUGUUGUGCUUCCGCGGUUGCUUUGUCUUUGCCUCCGCGGUUUUUUCCUGAUUUCCUCGCCACGUUUCUGCUUCCGCGACGUCGCGCGUGCCUCCGCGAUUGCCUCAUCCUCGCGCUGCCGCCAAUCCUGUCGUCAUCGGCGCGAGCUCGCCUCCGCGCGCAGCGUAGCUUGCGCCGUGCGCUCUGGGCCUCGAGUCUGCGGAGGCCCGCCUUCC